AUGUCAGCCUUUUUAGAUAUGGAAUUGCGCCUGAAGGAGUUAGAGUCGAUUCUUGGGCAGCCAAUAUUUCUGGCCAAGCACGCAGAAGAGAAACCGGAAUGUUUGCCUGAGCACAAGCGCGAGCACGAGGGGCCUGGAGUGGUACAGAAGCAAGAGGGGGAGAUUUUCUCCUCGAAGAAUACCAUCGAUCGUACGACGCCGCAAGAUGCUCUUGCAUUGCCUGAGUUUGAGGAGCUCGACGAGAUGGGCAAGUAUUCUGAUUCGGUCCCGUUUUCUCGGCUCAAAGCACAAGAUUUGAGCGAUGAAAAUAUGCCAUUCUGCCCGUGGAAGCUCGUCAAGAGCUACGCGGACUGCUACACCGGCAAGGGAAAUCGCGAGCGGGUUCGACCCUUCUUCAAUGAUGCCUUGAACAUCCGGGAUUGGGACUUCUUCUACAUCCGCGACACUCGCGACCCUAAAAAGGCGCAUCUGCUCGUCCCGACGAGGCAAAUCCAAAACUUCCUUGGCUUCAUCAACCGCAGCCUCAGUACCCAGCUUGCCGUUCCCAGAGGCCCGCCCGGACGUUCCUUUUACCUGCGCUUCACUGGCUGCGGACCGUUUCGCCCGCGCUACCUGCUGCACCAUGCGCGUGCCGCGCCCGCCGACGCUAUCACCGCGGCGGCGACGAGCAGCGGCUUCGACAUGGAGGACCCGCGUACGUGGCCCAAGGACGACGACGCCAACGAGAAUGCGCUCAACAGGCUCGAAACGGACGCGGGGGCGCUGCUCAACGCCAACAUGGCGCUGCUGCGCCGCGACCCAACCGAGCGCGCCAAGUUGACGGCGGGCGAGCGCUUCGAGCAGCGCAAGGAGCAGCGCAGCAAGGAGAUGCAGGCUAUGUUUCGCCAUCUCCAGCUGAAGAACGGCCUGAUUGAAAAGGAGUCGGACGUGGUGUUCUUCUGCGUCGACGUGGAAGCGCUUGAGACGGCGCCAGGCAUAAUCUCCGAGAUCGGCAUCGCCGUGCUCGACAUGCAGCGCGUGCGAGACGAGUCUCCCGGAAACCGAGGCAGAGAUUGGUGGCCGAUGAUUGAGGCACACCAUUUGCGCAUCAAGGAGUACGCAGGCUUGGUCAACUAUCGCUACGUCCAAGGCUGCCCAGAUCAUUUUCAAUUUGGCGAAAGCACGUUUCCGAGCAGGAGCGAGGCCCGCGAGGCCAUCCGGGCCAUCCUGCGCCCGUAUCUUGACCAGAACCGUCGCAUCGUUAUUGCCGGUCACGACGUGCGGCAGGAUGUCAACUACCUGGAGCACAUUGGCUUCGACCUCAAGCACGAGACAAAGUGUGCCGGCACGGUGGACUUGCAGGUGCUGUACCAGGUCUGGCAGAAGACGGACACGUCGCGCUCGCUAUCCACCGUGCUCGACGAGCUGGGCUUCGAGUACAGCUAUCUGCACAAUGCCGGCAACGACGCUGUGCAGACCCUACGCGCGGUGAUUGGCGUGACUUUUGCCGAGACAGAGGCCGAGUCGCCCGCCUAA